AAAAAAGAUUAAAACUCAGUAGAUGAAAUUAGCUUGAUUACCUUCCUACCUGAUAUGGGUGGCCAUGCCUCUUAGACUCUAAACUCUAGUGUGCCUGCCCUAAACCCCACCUACUUUAAGACCUUCCUGAAAAGCUAAACGUUUGGGCAGGUGUUUUAACAUCUCGUUUUCUGUCUGGCUGUUGGAUUUUGUGAUCACUUUGCCGUGAAGCGCCUAGGGAUCUUCUGUUAGGACAAUGGAUCUCUUAUCAUUACUGUGUUACUGUCUGGUGAUUUACGUGAUUGCGCAGCUUAUUCGGUUCUUGAGAGCUGAUGGAGAUUUGACUUUGCUGUGGUGUGAAUGUUUUGGAAACAAGCUAGAUGACAAACUCUUCAAGAAAGUGGUAUGGAUAACAGGGGCCUCUUCUGGAAUUGGAGAGGAGCUGGCAUAUCAACUAGCAAAAUUAGGAGCUUUCUUGGUGCUUUCUGCUAGGAGAGUUGCUGAACUGGAACGAGUUAAACAAAACUGCCUUGAUCAUAGCAAGCUACAAGAAAAGGACAUUCUUGUUCUGCUACUUGACCUGAAUGUAAGCAGUUCCCACAAGAGUGCAACAAAAAGUGUUAUCCAGUACUUUGGUAAAGUUGACAUUUUGAUCAACAAUGCUGGACGUUCCCAACGCUCCUUAUUCCUGGACACCAACCUUGAUGUCUACGAAGCUAUAAUGCACCUGAACUUCCUUGGUACAAUCUCACUGACUCAAUGUGUGUUACCUUACAUGAUCAAGCAAGAGAAAGGACAAAUAGUCACUGUCAGUAGUUUGGCAGGUCUUGUUGGUGCACCUGUUUCUACAGGUUAUGCAAGUAGUAAACAUGCUCUUCAGGGAUUUUUUAAUUCCCUUCGACCAGAGCUUGCGGAUUACCCAGGGAUUAUAAUUAGCACUAUUUGUCCAGGACUGGUCCACUCUAAUAUUGUGAAAAAUGCAUUUACUGAAGAGAUAAAUAAGACUGUACCUGAGAAUUCUGCACAAACCUACAAAAUGUCCACUACACGCUGUGUCCAGCUGAUGCUAGUCGGUAUGGCAAAUGAAUUAAAGGAAAUGUGGAUUUGUGGGCAGCCGCUUCUGCUUUAUGUUUAUUUGUGGCAGUAUGCUCCCACAUUGGCCUGGUUAAUUGCAAACAAGAUGUCUGUGAAAAGAGUCAAGAACUUGAAAAGUGGACUGGAUGCUGAUGUAUCUUAUUUUGGUGAUGUAAAGAAUAAAGCAGCUUGAAACUAUAGCCAUUACAUAGUGGUGGAGAAGGUGAAGUUUUGGAGCAUCUUAAUCGUCUGGUUGUAUGGAACUUGAACAGUGCUGAAAUUUUUUUUUCAUGGACUUAUCAGGACAUUUUACAAGAAUACCAGUAUAAAGGAAACAACAUUUUAUACUGUCUGAGAAGAGUGCUGAUUGGUAGAGGCAUUGCCAUGGAGACUAUCAUUUCAUUGAAUGACAGUUAAUUGCUAAGCUUUAAUUUUGAAUCAGUCAGUUUAACUGUGAAGGCAGUGCCCUGAGGAAUGAUUCAAAGAAUAACUAUUGCCUAUUUUAAGUUGAAACAAAUGCAAUAUCUGUACAUGUCUUUCUGUCUGCAAGGAUCAGGAUUCUGUGUAUUAAUAGUGCCCAGUUCAUCUCCGACUGCCCUUCAAAGGUAAGGCAUCUUCAGAUUGAGCAAAGGUAAAGACAGGUGUUUCAUGCUACUUUGCAGUAAUUUCCAAUGGAUGCUUUGACAGGAUGUAUUUUUUUCAGCAAUACUCGCUGAUGGUUUUGAUUUAAAUCACACCUUUGUUUACUAUCUAAUAUCAUUUUCACACACUGUUUGUUCAAAUUUAAUAUUGUGCAUACAUAUUGGUUUUUACUCCUUCAAGUCAUAGAACAUGUUAAGAGUCCUAUGUAAAUGUCAUCUGUCUUUUAGAUCAAUGCUUGAAGUGUUUUCUCUGUUCUGUGCAGUUAAAAUAGUGGCAAAAUUCUACCAACAUAUUUUCCCCCAUUUCCCUAAUAAAGGAAUACUAAC